GCCAGGCAAUGGGCGGGGCCCGGGCUGGGCGCGGCACGGGGUCUGCCCUCCGCCGGGAUUCUCCAUUAGGGCUUUGGCCCGAAGCGGCGGCUUCGGAGGGGCGGGCGGGUUCUACCUCCCCGGCCGGCCGCGCGCCCUCGCCUCCCAAUUCCAGGAGCAGGGUGGGGGCUCGAGGCGGCGGCCGGCGGCUCCGCUCCCGCCUGGACGUCUGGGCGCGGGGCCAGGGCAGGCGGCGGCGGCGGCGUGGGGCCGCGGAUACGACGGAGGGCGGCGGCCUGGGCCGGCUGAGCCAUGGCGGCCCCGGAGCCGGCGCCGAGGCGGGGCCGGGAGCGGGAGCGGGAGGAUGAGAGCGAGGACGAGAGCGACAUCCUGGAGGAGAGCCCGUGCGGCCGCUGGCAGAAGCGGCGAGAGCAGGUGAACCAGGGGAACAUGCCAGGGGUCCAGAGCACCUUCCUGGCCAUGGACACAGAGGAGGGGGUGGAGGUGGUGUGGAAUGAGUUGCACUUCGGGGAUAGGAAGGCCUUCGCGGCCCAUGAGGAGAAGAUCCAGACCAUGUUUGAGCAGCUGGUGCUGGUAGACCACCCCAACAUUGUCAAGCUGCACAAAUACUGGCUGGAUGCCUCAGAAGCCCGGGCGCGGGUCAUCUUCAUCACAGAGUACGUGUCAUCGGGCAGCCUCAAGCAAUUCCUCAAAAAGACCAAGAAAAACCACAAGGCCAUGAACGCGCGGGCCUGGAAGCGCUGGUGCACGCAGAUCCUGUCUGCGCUCAGCUUUCUACACGCCUGCAGCCCCCCCAUCAUCCACGGGAACCUGACCAGUGAUACCAUCUUCAUACAGCACAAUGGCCUCAUCAAGAUUGGCUCUGGUGCUGGCAGGGUUGGAGGGGGCUUGCGGGGCGGGGGGGGCUGCCGGAAACCGUGGGCGGAGGACACCCAGCGCCCCAUCACACUGACGCCUCCUCUCUCCCCGUGGUGGCCAGCGCAGUGUGGCACCGCAUCUUCUCCAAUGCACUCCCGGACGAUCUCCGAAGCCCGAUCCGUGCCGAGCGUGAGGAGCUACGGAACCUGCACUUUUUCCCGCCGGAGUAUGGUGAUGGCUGUGCUGGAGAUCCAAGCCAAUGGGGACACCCGGGUCACAGAAGAGGCCAUAACUCGUGCCAGGCACUCACUGAGCGACCCCAACAUGCGGGAGUUCAUCCUCUCCUGCCUGGCCCGGGACCCCAGCCAUCGGCCCUCUGCCCACAACCUCCUCUUCCACCGCGUACUCUUCGAAGUGCACUCGCUGAAGCUCCUGGCAGCUCACUGCUUCAUCCAGCACCAAUACCUCAUGCCCGAGAAUGUGGUGGAGGAAAAAACCAAGGCAGUGGACCUGCACGCAGUCCUGGCAGAGAUCCCCCGGCCGCCCCGGCCCCCGCUGCAGUGGCGGUACUCGGAGGUCGCCUGCUUGGAGCUCGACAAAUUCCUGGAGGAUGUCAGGAAUGGGAUCUACCCGCUGAUGAACUUUGCGGCGGCUCGGCCCCUGGGGCUGCCCCGUGUGCUGGCCCCACCCCCUGAGGAGGCCCAGAAGGCCAAGACCCCGACGCCAGAACCUUUUGACUCGGAGACCAGAAAGGUGAUCCAGAUGCAGUGCAACCUGGAGAGGAGUGAGGACAAGGCCCGCUGGCAUCUUACUCUGCUUCUGGUGCUGGAGGACCGGCUGCACCGGCAGCUCACUUAUGACCUGCUCCCAACCGACAGUGCCCAGGACCUUGCCACCGAGCUGGUACACUAUGGCUUUGUUCACGAGGAUGACCGGACCAAGCUGGCUGCCUUCCUGGAAAGCACCUUCCUCAAGUACCUCGGAGCUCAGCCGUGACCUCGCACCCCAGCCCCCAGGGACCAGCCCUGGCCACCCACAUGGGGAAGCUCAGCAUUGGUCCAGGGCUCAGGGGACCAGGGGCUGACCUCUGCUUACAUGCUUGGGGCUGAUGACCAAAUGCCUGCUAGUGAGGAACUUCUGCCUUCCACAGCUUUCAAGGAGGCCCUGGAGUGGGG